UUUGAUUGGAAGGCGGCAAAGGCUUUAAUCUCGGACUAAUUCAGCUGCUUUUGAAGUGAACAUUUCUACCAGUUCGUACUUCGGAAGUAUAGAGCGAAGACCUGCAGACAGACGCACUGAAGGCGCAGCGCUCAUGGUGCAAGGCUCAGCCCCGGAUCUGCGAUAACCUCGCACUGUCUCCUUCCAGCUGCCGCUCCUUGCUUCUUUACUACCAGGAUUACUUAUUAUUGAGCCGUUUUACGAUUCCUUUAUCCCCGAGAGAGAGGCUCGAUGCUUUUUUGAUUUUCUUAAUGAAUCUGAGGAAAGCAUCGCCGUUUCAUUUCCUGACAAUUGGGACAUGAUCACGUCGCCCUCGGCGUCCUUUCUGAAAAAUAGUGAUAUUUGUGUAGCCUGGGAAAGAAGCAGUUCUCGGAAUAGCAGCUCAGCGAGCAUCAACAAGCCCUUUCUCCACUCCGCACCCCCGUCUCAUCCACUACGGCAAGCAAACCGACUUCCCAUCAAGGUUUUGAAAAUGCUUACCGCACGCUCGGGACACAUUUUGCACCCGGAGUAUCUGCAGCCUUUGCCUUCUACCCCGAUUAGUCCUAUAGAGCUUGAUGCCAAGAAGAGUCCGUUGGCUCUGCUGGCGCAGACCUGCUCUCAGAUCGGUAAACCGGACCCACCACCCUCCUCUAAAUUAUCCUCCGUAACAUCAAAUGGAUCUAGUGAGAAGGAAUCUAAAUCUGGUCCUUUGAAAAUGAGUGACAUCGGUGUGGAUGACAAAUCUAGCUUCAAACCUUAUUCUAAGCCUUCAGAUAAGAAGGACUCGUCUUCGGGCGUCUCAAGCGGAGAGAAGUCUGGUUUCCGAGUGCCGAGCGCCACCUGCCAGCCGUUUACGCCGCGGACAGGCAGCCCCAACUCCAGCACUUCUGCGUCCCCCAUGCCAUCAGAGGGGAAGUGUGGAGAUAGGGAUGAAAAGAAAGAGUCUGAUUGUAAUAAAAAUGGCACUACGGAUGGGUCUGGCACCACUAGCCACAGCAGGAUAAGCGUGAGUUGUGGUGGAAUUAACGUGGAGGUCAACCAACACCAGGAGACGACGCCUGGCACUAAAAGCACCUCCUCGGACUCCUCAUGUGUAACUUCUGUAUCCUCCGCAUCCGUUCUCGGGUCAGGACUUGUGGCGCCGGUUUCUCCUUACAAACCGGGACAGACAGUUUUCCCUUUGCCUCCUGCUGGUAUGAGCUACCCAGGUAGCUUGGCUGGGGCCUAUGCUGGUUACCCUCAACACUUCCUGCCCCACGGAGGGAGCUUGGUAAACGCACAGCUGGCCAGUUCACUGGGCUGCAGUAAGGCUGGAUCCAGCCCUUUGGCUGGGGCUUCUCCACCGUCCAUCAUGUCAGCCAGCCUUUGCAGAGACCCUUUCUGCCUCAGUUACCAUUGUGCCAGUCACUUAGCGGGCGCAGCCAGUGCUUCCUGCACGCACGAAUCUGCAGCUGCAGCGGCCGCUAACGCCCUCAAAUCCAGCUACCCACUAAUGUACCCGACACACCACAUGCAUGGCGUUCAUUCCUCGGCGCCAUCGUUUACCGGACACCCCCUGUACCCAUAUGGUUUCAUGCUCCCCAACGACCCUCUCCCUCAUGUUUGUAAUUGGGUGUCAGCAAAUGGACCGUGCGACAAGCGUUUCUCCUCAUCAGAAGAGCUCCUGAAUCACCUGAGGACUCACACUGCUUUUACUGGGGCGGAGAAGUUGAUAUCUGGUUAUCCCGGGUCUUCAUCACUGGCCAGCGCUGCAGCAGCGGCCAUGGCCUGCCAUAUGCACAUGCCACCGUCAGGUGCCCCCGGGAGCCCCGGAACUUUGGCUCUAAGGAGCCCGCAUCACGCGCUAGGACUCAGCAGCCGCUACCACCCGUACUCCAAAAGUCCCCUGCCAAACCCCGGUGGCCCUGUCCCCGUCCCCGCUGCCACCGGCCCUUACUACUCCCCUUAUGCACUGUAUGGCCAGAGACUCACCACAGCAUCAGCGCUUGGAUACCAGUGAGGGAAAAAAAUGACUUUGAAAAGUUUAUAGUACUAAGAAUGCAAAUAUAAAGACUUUUAUAUUAACAGCGCUAAAUAUGGGCGGGAUCCGUGGACUUCAACUGUAUUUAUUUAUAUGUCGGCUUAAAAGCAGGCGAUAAUAGCUGCAAAUGGAAAAUAUUUGAGCAACUCAAAAAGUGCAUUAUGUUAAAACUGAACUCUAUAGGUAAAAUGAAAACACACACAUGUUAGAGUACUAAUUAAAGUAGGGGUCUUCAUUUCGAUGUUAAUUUGAAAUUGCUAUGAUUGUAUUUGUUCUUAUUUAAUGUCUCAUUGAGAAGAAAAUAAUUUACAUGCAUGUUUGUUACUUAAAUUUCAGAAAUUGUCCACAUUUUAAAUUGCCGUUAUUUUUCAGGUGUACACAUUGGAAAGAGAAUUGGUAUUUUUUUGUAUGUAUUCUGGAAAAAUAAGAAACAAUUCUGUUCCAUA